GAUUGCCCGAAAAGGUGAGGUGAGGCAACUUGUUCACAACCAGUCUUUUACAGUACUUUUCGCCUAUUCGAAGAUGUAGAGAGAGCACGCCGACAAGAUGAGCAGCAUAGAGGGCCCGAAGAUGGAAGCGCUCCUGUGCUGGGCAGCACAGAUCGGCAUCUCCGACGAUCCUUCUCAAUCUCCUUCCACCUCCAUCCCAUCCCCUUCCUGUUUGGGCCAUUCCCUUGUCGUAUCCAACUUCUCUAACGCCGGCGGGAGGGGUUUCGCCGCCUGCCGCGAUCUCAGGAUGGGCGAGUUAAUCUUAAGAGUCCCUAGAACGGCGUUGUUGACGAAGCAGAGCGUGCUGCGAGAUGAAUGGUUGGCAUCCUGCAUGAAGAAGCGCCCUCAUCUCUCCUCUUCGCAGAAAUUGACCAUAUGUUUAUUGGCUGAAGUGGCGAAAGGAAGGGAUUCUAGGUGGUAUCCCUAUUUGGUCUUGUUGCCUUCGAGUUACAACACACUGCCGAAUUUCCAUGAAUUUGAAAUUCAUGCUCUUCAGGUAGAAGAUGCUAUCUGGGUUUCUGAAAAGGCUGUUGUAAGGGCUAGAUCAGACUGGAAGGAAAGCUUGGUGGUCAUGCAAGAAAUGAAGCUCAAACUAAAGUUUUUAUCUUUUAGAUCAUGGCUUUGGGCUUCUGCAACUAUAUCUUCCCGCACUUUAUAUAUACCUUGGGAUGAUGCUGGUUGCUUGUGCCCUGUUGGUGAUUUGUUUAACUAUGCUGCACCCGAUGACAAGCUUUGUAUUGGAGAUUCUUAUUUUGAGGGCAAUGAAGUGAAGGAGCUCGCUCAAUUGGUUGAUUCCUCUACUCGGAGAUUAACGGAUGGUGGCUAUGAGGAGAAUUCUGCUUCGUAUUGUUUCUAUGCUAUGAGAAAUUACAAGAUAGGGGAGCAGGUUCUUCUAAGUUAUGGAACUUACUCCAAUUUGGACCUCCUAGAGCACUAUGGCUUUCUCCUCUCAUCCAACCCCAAUGACAAGGCAUUUUUGCACCUUGAUAUAGAUUCUAAUAUUUCCGACGCUUGGUCCAAGGACUUACUUUACAUCCAGCCAGAUGGAAAACCUUCCUUCGCUCUCUUGUGCUCUCUGCGUUUAGAUUCAACUCCCAGGAACCUGCGAAGAGCACUCGGGCAUCGAGCUUUUGCUGGAUUUUUUCUCUCUAAUGAAAAUGAAGCGCUUGCGAUGACAAAAUUGGUGAACCACUGCUGUGUGGUUCUGGAUGAAUUGCCAACUAAGAUAGAGGAUGAUGCCUCGUUGCUUUCUAUUAUCAACGAAGUUGUUGAUUUUGGUGCUUGUUUUGAUAGGCUGGAGUCGGCCUUUAGCCAUGAAGAAUUUGCAGGCUUCAUUGAGGCCAAUGGUUUGCAGAGGGAGAGCUUAUUGACCGCGAAGGCUUUGAGGUCAUUGGAGAGAUGGAGAUUGGCAGUUCAUUGGAGAUUGUUUUACAAGACUAUUCUUUCGAAUUGCUUAUCUUAUUGUAGAAAGGUGAUGAGUGAAAUAUCAUGAAAGUUUAAGAGUUAACUGCAUAUGUCAAAAGUACAAAUUUUUCUCAAAUUCUUGGCAAGAUGGUAAUUAAGUUGACUCCUGAUUGAUGAUGAAGGAAAAGCCUUUGAGAAAGAUGGUAAGCGGCAUCUGUUACUACUCUUGUUGGAGAAAUUUACAUAUCUACCACGCAAUUCUUAUGGAUUUACAUGUCUGACACCUAAUAUUUGUUGUUUAUAUUUAUAACACUUUGGUGCUAUAAGCCUAUAUAUACAAAAAGGUACAUUUGACUUUUAAAAA